AUGGACAAGGAACUGGGAGGGGACACAGCUGGGACAGCCAAAGGGAUAUUCCAUGCCAAUGAUGAUGCCAUGCCUAUGUUCAUAAAGAAAGUACUGAAACGACUCUAUGCUGAAACUUCAUUACCUUCUCCUGCGGAUACUUCGAGUAGAGGAGAGGAGGCAGUUCUCAGAAAUCUGGGCUCAAAAGAAAACAAUUUGGAUGAUGUUCAGACAUCAUCAGCAGAUGCCAGCACAUCAACUGAUACACCCUGCGAAUCACGUAAAGGUAGUGAUGAUAUGAUUUUGUCUCCAAGGAGAAUGUACACAGUGAGUCUUCCUCCGGAGGGUUACGCCGCAGUUACUCCAGAUGCUAUUAGUAUUUCAGUUUCUGAAAACUCAGACAGUAGUGCUGACUCAACAGAGGAGGAAUAUCAAGGACAAACCAAGAGAAAGCGCAUUCGAAGGAAGAAACAAAAGAGCAGUUUGCAAAACUCUAAUAAUUUACAUGGAGAACAAACAGAAUCUGGAAUGCGAGAGACUCUCGUUCAAGAUAAUUUACAGCUGCAGCAGAUAGACAGUCCCAAAAUAAGCAAAAACAAAAAGAGGAAAAUGAAAAAGAAGCGACAGAAAGAAAAAAUGAGAGCAGCUGGCUUGGUAACAAAAACUACCGGUGUGGAUUUUACAUAUCAGCCCGACAAAAACAAAAGAGAAGAAGCAGCAGGCUUAAAAGAUAUAGAUGAAAAGGCAGAUAGCAUUCUGGACUUCCUGCAGGCAACACAACAAAUUUAUUUUGCUGACAAUAAAUCAGAAUGCACAGAUUCUGCUGUAAAUGCAGCGACUGCCCAAGAGCUUUUGCAGUAUCUGGAAUCUCGCACCAUCUCAUCCUCAGACGUGACUCUUCUACAUCACCUGAAAUCCCUCGUAUUGCUGCGGGAUACUGAGAGAUUGAAGGAUGGAUUGAAACAAUUCCAAGAACAAUCCAUGAUGCCUCCUGAUCAUACCAAAAUGGUCACGUCUCUGUUUCACUACUGGAUUACAGAUAUCCUUCCCGUGAAGAACAGGAAAUAAAGCCUUGCCUGCGUCCAUAUGCACAGGGUUAAAAUUUGAUACACAGACUCUUAACCAAGUAGCAAUUGUUCAGGAAGAGCAGUGUCAAUACACAUUCUACACCUUCAGGUAAAUGAAUUAUUUUUCUGUGUUACAAACUCCAGAAGACAACAAACAGGGUAUAACUACUUGUGAUUUUUGUGUUUGGUUGGUCAAGAAUAUGCAUACGUUGUGUGGCCUGAGCCUUCAGCUGGAUUAGUAUGAACAUUUCACUUUAGGAUAAGGAACUUAUCUGGAAAGAUAAAGUCUGUGUCAAGUAUUUUGUUUAAGAAGUGUAGUACUUUUUGUUUGUUUAUGAAUUGAUUGUUCCUUUCUGGAAGUUUUAUUUCUUGGAAUUUUCUUGGUUAUCUAAUAUAUCUUUUCACUUGAAAACAAAUAUAUUUUUAUAUUUAAAUAUAAACAACAGUACAUGUGAUGAAUGUAUUUUUACUGAAUAAACUGCUAAAUUAUGGAAAUAGA